GUUGUUCUCCCAGGUCUAAGCAGGUUUCGUUUUCAUAGACUAGGAUGGCUGAGCCUCCAACUAAGGUGAAGAUAUUAGAAACUCCUGAAGAUAUUCGUGAACGUCGUGAGCAAGUUUUGUCUCGCUAUUCUGCAUUUAAAGAGGCAACUCAGUAUCGUCGUCAUAAGUUAGAGGAAGCUAAGAGGUACCAGUAUUUUAAGCGUGAUGCUGAUGAACUUGAGAGCUGGAUUAAUGAAAAGUUGCAAACUUAUGCAAAUGAGGAUUUCAAGGAACUGAGUAACCUCCAGGUAAAUUAUUUAAUGACUGACCGUUUGGUUAGGCCAAAAAACAAAAGCAUCAGGCUUUUGAGCUCGAAGUCACAGCUCACUCCGAGACACUAUCAGCCUUAGAUUCUUCGGGUGAAGAGAUGAUAGGGCAAGGACAUUAUGCUUCUGAGAUUAUUAAGAACCGGCUCGAUGAGUUGCACGCUCUUUGGGAAAGGUUGAUGGCCAUGUUCAGAGAAAAAUCGCGUCUCAUUAACCUGACUCUUAAGUUCGUUCAGUUCUUACGUCAGGUUGAUGAGAUACUUUUCUGGACACGUGAGAAGGAGACCUACGUAACUUCUGAAGAUUUCGGUCAGGAUUUAGAGCACGUUGAGGCACUACAGAAGAAAUUUGACGAGUUUAUGAAGGUUUGUCAUUGUUUUAUGAUUAAUAUUUUUCAGGAUCUUGAGUAUCAGGAAAGUCGUGCAGAAGACAUUUACCACAAAGCAGACGAACUUUUGAAGGAGGAGUUUCCUGAAGACACCUUGGUAAUAGAAAAGUCACGUGAGGUUCGUGAAGCACUAGAACGUUUAAAAAAUCUGGCUAAGGUGCGCCAAGAUAAACUUCUUGAAGCCUAUGAAAUACAACGUUUCUUCCGGGAUACAGAUAAAGCCAUAUCGUGGGUGAAUGAAAAGUCUAUUCCUCUAUCUAUUGAAGACUGUGGUCGUGACUUGGCUUCAGUACAAGCACUGCAAAGGAAACAUGACGCUUUGGAGAGGGAUCUAGCUGCUUUGGAUGAAAAGAUUGGUCAACUAGGAGAUGAUGCUUUGGCUCUUGCACAGAAACAUCCAGACUCUAAAGACACAAUUCAGGGUAAAUAUGAAGCUUUAAUUGCUGCUUGGGAGAAACUUAAGAAUCAAUUUGUGGAUAGAAAAAGUAAACUGGAAGAGUCUUUCAAGAUGCAGCGUUUUCUCGCCGAUUGGAAAGACCUUAGUAUUUGGAUGACAGACAUGAAAGGGUUGAUCUCUGCUGAUGACCUAGCAAAGGAUGUGGCUGGUGCUGAGGCCCAAGUAGAACGCCAUAAGGAAUAUACUGCGGAAAUUAACUCGCGAAACGAUAGUUUCGACACGUGCAUGUUAGAGGGUCAAGCACUGAUCAAUGUUGGCCAUCCAUCUAGCGGGGAAAUCGCUGCAAAGCUUUCCAAUUUGGAAAGAGAAAAAGCUGCCCUUCUGGAACUAUGUGAAGAGAGACGCGAGCAACUAGAACAAUGUAUGGGUCUUCAGUAUUUCUAUCGGGAUGCAGAACAGUCAGAGUCUUGGAUCGGAAAACAAGAAGCACUUUUGGAAAUCAAGGAUGUUGGCGAUUCUCUCGAUUCCGUUGAGGCACUUAUUAGAAAGCACGAAGAUUUUGAGAAGUCGUUGUUAGCUCAAGAGGAAAAGAUGCAUCAUUUUGAUGAGUUGGCAAAGAAACUUAUAGAAACGAAUCACUACGCUGCUGCACAGGUCACAGAGUUGCAGCAUUCUUUGGAAGAUAGACGAAGAGCCUUAAAGGAUAAAGCUAAGAGGCGCCGUCAGCGUCUUGAAGAUUCUCACCGUUAUCAGAUGUUUGAUCGUGACGCCGAUGAAAUGCAAUCUUGGAUAUCGGAAAAACUAAAAAAUGCACUUGAUGAAAGCUAUAAAGACUCAACUAAUUUACAGACAAAAGUUCAAAAACAUCAGAACUUCGAAGCUGAGAUACAAGCUAACCAGUCUCGUGUUGAAGAUAUUAAGAAAACAGGUCAAGAUUUGUUAAACGCAAAUCACUGCAAUUCAGCUGAAAUAAAACUAAAAAUCGACCAGUUAGAUGAGACUUGGUCUUAUCUUAUAAAUGCUAUGGCGAACAAGAAGAAAAAUUUAGAUCAAGCCAGUCGACAACAACAAUUCGUCCGCAAUGUUGAGGAUGUCGAGUUGUGGUUAGAUGAUGUUGAAGCCCAAAUCGCAUCAGAAGAUGUUGGCCGAGACCUUAACGGAGUAAUGAAUGCACAGAAGAGACUCAACUUACUAGAAUCUGAUGUUGCUGCCCAUCGUGAGCGCAUAGAAGCAUUUAAAGUCCAAGCUGACACAUUUGCUUCUGAGGGUCAUUUUGAUGCUCCCAUAAUCCAGGAGAAGCAGCGGCAGCUGUCCCAACGUUACUACGAUUUGCAGAAACCAUUAAAUCAACGCCGUGAAAAACUGUCAGAUGCUUACAAGUUGCACCAGUUCUUUAGGGAUGUUGAAGACGAGGAAGAUUGGAUUCGAGAGAAAGAUCCAGUCGCGGGCUCCACUAAUGUAGGUAAGCAGAAAAAUUAAUUAUUUAGUCGGCACCCGUUCCCCGUACACAUGUGUACGGUUUUUAUGUGCCGUAAAGCAAUUAGCUUCUUUUCACUGCAGUAUGCAGUAGCAGUAUGCUGCCUUUUGCAGAUGCUCAUAUGUUUUUACCUGAUAUCCGAUUUUAUUUUUUAACGAUAUAUGUAUGGACUGUUGUCACUAAUACGUUUUGGUAAAUCAUUCUGAGACCCGGGACAAAUAUGUAUUGGCUAAGGUCUACAUAUGUACUGAUUUGCUUCAACUUCUGUGUAAAAAUUUGGUCGGUACACAACCGUGCAUGGUUCUACAUUGUUAAUGGUUGGCUUUGGUUUUUGUAUGCUCAGCCAUAAAAACAGGACUCCACAAGUAAUAUCAAGUCGAAAAUGUACCAAACAGAUGUUUUUUAAUGAAUUAGACAGACUCAUAUCAUAUUAGGGUCAGUACAUACCAAAUAUCGGGUCAUGGAAUACUGUACUUAUCGGGUAAAGUCCGUUUUUCUGUUCUGAUUGUUCGAAGUGCUUUCUACUUUAGUCACUGUUAGCCCCAUCCACGUAUCCGUUGGUUUUAAAUUAAAAUAUGUAUGUGGUAACCCAUCUAUACUUGCGUUAAUAAUCUUGUGGCAGUUCGUUGUACUGUCAGUCAGUCGUAGUUAUCGUGCGUUAAUCCGGACUUUUAAACCUCAUCACAACGAAAGGAACUCAACAAGAUAAACAGUAAUGUGGUCGAAUAAUCUUAGUGGUGCCGAUGGUGAGAAUGACUAAAUAUUGUGAAUAUAGUCAGUAAACCACAACAUGGAACCUGUACGUAAGUAUAGGUUCAAGUUGCCAUACCCCAUUAGCACAGAGAUGAAGUUUUCAGACCGAAUCCGAGAAUGGUAGGGGUCAUAACAGUGUCCGUCGUAAUUGAAAGACUAGGCAUUGGAGAUACGACUCGUGAAGAAAAUAUUGAUGAGCUAGACAAAAAAGGUAAUGAGGAAUCUAGUAACUCAGGAUUUGGAGGACGACAAAGAAUGGGUGCAGCUGCACUAUCACAAAUGAUUCGGAGCCAUGUCAUUUGAUGUAUCUAACCGUUGGUUACGGUAAUCACACGAAUCCUGACCAAGUAGUCUGCAACUAUUAACAUGGCUUAGUCUAAUUGUCAGUGGUUUCAUCGAUUGAUGCCAUGUUUUGGUGUGGCCACCCCUAGCUUCCGGCAUACCUUUGCACCAAAAAACAUCGCCCGUUGAGGUAGGCUGUGGUUUGACAUAUGGUUUGAAAAGACGAAGUAGAAAGGCAUGUAUGGUAAAAUAAUGGAGGUCGGGACCUAGAAAAUGAUAAACAAGGAAUGCUGUGCUCUGCUCUGAACAAUGUCAUACCAGUGUUGCCAGCCAGUAGUCGCGGUUGUCACUGAAUUCCAACCACUUAUUCUACACCUACCGACGUGGAUCAGAGAAACAGUCAGUUAUUUCAUGGAUUAAUCACACAUGUUGAUUUGUUCGCUCGUAGCUCGUAUCCAACUUGCUCCUACUCCAACUAUAGUCUUUACAACUUCAUAACCCAGGGUACUACCAAUUAACGGAUAUCUUCACGUUUAUAGAUUGUUAGAUAUAAACAGACAUAACCCUUUCCGAAAGAAGUUCUAAAUCACGGUUUGUGACUUUCGUGUAGCUUGUUACAUAACUUUUACGGAGUUUGUCGUUAUUUGCACUUAUUGUGACAGUGCUACUCUAACUCAGGAAUCGUGUACAAAUUUAUGUACUCGGCUUGGGAAAGGUCAAACAAUCCUGUUCAGUUUCCAAAACUGAAAUAGACGCUAACCCAAAAGCCGAGAGUCGAAUGCUCAACUCACAACUAUUCCAAUUAUAUAGUAAAACGAUUAUACUCGGAAAACUUUGGUUUUUAAACCUGGUCGCUUAAAUAACUAACUUUCUUCAGUUGGUCGGAGAUCGCUAAUACACCCUUUCGUCUUCUUUUAUCACCUUCAGCUGUUUCACAUUUGUUGGAUUUUGUGUUUACAGUUGGUUCUCAUUCCCCUAUUUCAUUUGUUCGGUGCCAUAUCUUUAUUUCUUUACUAUUGGUAUUAUCGUUUUAGCUCUAUUGCUCUACAUUGUAUUGUGAUGUCUUAAACCGGUGUACAUUCGGUAUCAAGUUCUACUUUGUGUUUAUUGAUUAUUUUGAGUAGUGGAUAAGAAACCUAACAAAAAGUUAGAAUAUUCCUUGUGUUUUUGAUAGGUUUUUGAUUAGUUAAGUAAGUUAUAUCUAUUUCAAAUACAAUAUUUCAGAUUUAAUUAUGCAUUCAGGUGGCCCCUACUACUUGUUCAUUGUUUUCGGAUGUAUUUAUAUGUGCCUCCCCCUAACUGAUCACUUUAAAUAUAUUUCAGGUCGUGAUUUGAUUGGCGUGCAGAAUUUGAUAAAAAAACAUCAAGCAAUAUAUGCGGAAAUAAAUGGUCACUCACCACGCAUUGAGGAGGUUGUUCAAGAAGGUCAGGCCAUGAUACGCGCCAACCAUUAUGGGGCUAAUGACAUUGAAAGACGUAUAACCGAUUUAACUACCGAUUGGUCCCAACUUUGUGAAAAGGCAGACCGUCGACGACAGCUGUUAGAAGAUUCAUUGCAGGCCCAACAGUACUUUGCUGAUGCAAGUGAAGCAGAAAGUUGGAUGCGAGAAAAAGAACCAUUGGUCGGUUCGUCCGAGUUUGGUCGGGAUGAAGACUCUACGGAAGCACUCUUGAAAAAACAUAACGCUCUCCUUGCCGAUAUUGAGGCAUAUGGUUCAACCAUUGAAGCUCUCGGCAUUCAAGCUAGUAGUUGCCGGAUGCAGGAAGCCCCAGUAAGUGAUCUACUCGGCAAAGAUGUAGUUAUUGCUUUAUAUGACUACCAAGAAAAGUCUCCUAGGGAAGUUUCGAUGCGGAAAGGAGAGAUCUUAACCUUGCUAGCCAGUAACCACAAAGACUGGUGGAAAGUGGAAGUGAAUGAUCGCCAAGGAUUUGUUCCUGCAGCGUAUGUCAAGAAAGUUGAGGCUCCUGUUUCUGACACUCAAGCUGGUUUAGCAGCCAAGCCACUUACUGUAGCGUCGCAGCAGCAACGUUUGGAGGAGCAAUAUAAUUAUCUUCUUCAGCUGGGUCGUGAUCGUCGAGAGAGGUUACAGGAUUCCGUCGAAGCCUACCAACUAGUUAGAGAGGCUAACGAUUUACAUCAAUGGGUAGUUGAGAAAGAACUAGUUGCUGUCACGGAGACCAUCGUUCCUGGAAGACUAGAGGAAGUAGAGUCAGAGAAAAAGAAGGUAGAUGAGUUUGUUAUGGAACAAAAGGAAAGAGAAGCUAGAGUAACAGAAUUGUGUGCCAAGGCAGAUAAACUCAAGCGAGGUGGUCAGACUGAAGCUGUUGAGAAGAUAGAAGGUAUUAUCAUGCAACUCCAAAAGAAGUAUGAACAGUUAGAAGAAGUCACUGCCAAAAAGGCUAAAGAAUUAGAAGAUAUUGAUGCCGUUCAACGUUAUCACAGAGAAUGUGAUGAAGCGAAAGAAUGGAUUGAAGAGAAGGAGAAUAGAUUACUAACAGAUGAUGUAGGUAAUGACUUCACAUCUGUUCAGCGUCUUAUACGUAAACAUGAUGCAUUAGAAAGGGACCUGGUAGCUUUGGGAGAAAGGGUUAAACAAUUAGAUUCAAAAGCUGCUGACUUGAUACAGAUCCAUCCUCAGGAUGCAGAAGCUAUAUGUACACAUCAAGAAGAAAUCAACCAUUUGUGGGAUGGUCUAGCUGCAACUGCUGAAAAACGAAAAGCCAAACUUUUAGAUUCCUUAGAUCUCCAAAAGUUCCUCGCUGAUGCAAGGGAUCUCCAGUCUUGGAUUAGUACAAUGAAUGGUUUGGUAUCGUCAAAGCAAGUGGGCACGUAUGUUACAAGUGCAGAAUCGUUGUUAGAUAGUCACCGUGAAUACCGCACGGAAAUCGAUACUCGUGCUCCAGCUUUUCAAAACUUCGAAUCCUUCGGUAAGGAGUUACUUGAUAAUGGACAUUAUGCUUCGGAGGUCGUACAACAAAAACUCCAAGAAAUCACAGAAGCAAGAGAAGCUCUUAAUGUAGCCUGGCUAAAUCGGCACAAACUAUUAGAACAAAAUCUAGAAGAACAGCUAUUUUUGCGUGACUGUGAACAAGCUGAGGAUUGGAUGGCUAUUCGCGAAGCAUCUUUAGCUGGUGAUGAUGUUGAUGGGAAUAAAGUUGAUGCAUUAAUAAAGAAACAUGAAGAUUUUAACCGUGCAAUCACCCUACAGGAGGUUAAGAUACAGUCUUUGAUGGCGAAUGCUGAUAAACUUCUGGAAGCUGAUCAUUAUGAUGCAAAUGCAAUUGAAGCUAAGCGUGGUGAGGUUUUAAAUCGUUGGACUCACUUAAAAAAUGCUAUGAUUGAUAAUCGUAGCAGGCUAGGAGACGUUCAAACGCUUCAGGCCUUCAUUCGAGAUGCUGAUGAGAUGGAGCUAUGGAUAAACGAAAAAAUGCAAUUUACAAUGGACGAACCUUAUAAAGAUCCUACCACAAAUAUUCAGGCUAAACAUCAGAAACAUCAAGCUUUUGAAGCAGAGCUCGCUGCCAACGCAGAACGUCUCCAAGGCAUUUUGGCAGCUGGACAACGUUUAAAGCAGAAGAAUCAAUGUAUGGGGCAGGAAAGUGCCGUUGAAGAACGUAUCGCCAAACUCGCUAACCAGUGGGAUAAUCUUGUCAAUCGAUCUCACGAAAAAUCCGAAAAGUUACAGGAAGCCAAUCGUCAAGCUGCAUAUAAUGCUGGUAUUAAAGACAUUGAAUUUUGGUUAGGUGAAAUGGAAACAUCACUCGUUAGUCCCGAUCAUGGAAGAGAUUCAGCAUCUGUUGACAGUCUUCUGUCAAAACACCAGGUACUUGUUACUGAUAUUCGAGCCCAUGAAGAUCGUAUUAAGGAAUUAGAUGCACGCGCAGAUGAGUUUAUUAGGUCCGGUGCUUGGGAUGCUGAUAUGGUCCGUGAGCGCAAAAAAAUGAUUAAUGAACGGUAUGAAAAGAUUCUGGAUAUGUCAGAAAAUCGCGCUGUAACGCUUGGCAAGGCUAAGCGUUUGCAUGAUUUUUAUCGCAAUAUUGACGAUGAAGAAGCUUGGAUCCGUGAAAAAAAGAUUUUGGUUAGUUCAGAGGAUUAUGGACGUGAUCUUAUUGGAGUACGCAACCUACGCAAAAAGCAUGAACGAAUUGAAAAUGAGGUAGCAGCUCAUGAUCCAUUCAUCAAACAAGUUAUUGCACAAGGAGAGGAACUUACUGUUGGUGUUCAACUUGCUGAUCCUGAGGAAAUAAAAAAAAGAAUUCAGCGUCUCCAAACCGCGUGGGAAGAAUUGCAAGGUCUUACAGCACUUCGACGACAGAAAUUAGAAGAGUCAUUGGCAUAUCAAGACUUUAUUGAUGGAGUAGAAGAAGAGGAGGCUUGGAUUCUCGAGAAACAACAUUUACUUAGUAGUGAGGAUUAUGGCGAUACUCUUGCUGCUGUGCAAGGCCUUUUAAAGAAGCACGAUGCAUUCGAAACAGAUCUUAAUAUACAUAAUGAAAAGUGUAAAGAACUUUGUUUAACUGGAUCUGAUUUGGUGCAAUCUGAGAAUCAUAAUCGUUUGUCUAUUCAGCAACGAUGUGAAGGAUUGAUAGAAAAAUUGAAUGCACUCAAUCAGGCUGCCCAACGUCGCAAAACAAAUCUUACUGACAACUCAGCAUUUUUACAGUUUAUGUGGAGAACGGAUGUCGUUGAAUCUUGGAUAGCUGAUAGGGAAACGCAAGUACGUAGUGAUGAUUACGGGCGAGAUUUAAGCAGUGUUCAAAUUUUGCUGGCGAAACACGCAACUUUUGACACAGCGUUGGAAUCUUUCCACACAGAAGGAAUUCAAACAAUUACUGAACUUCACGAUCGCCUUAUCGCAGCAGAGCACAAUCAGAGUCCAGCCAUUAAGCAACGUUUCACCUCGCUAAUGGAUCGUUGGGAACGUCUACGUCGUGAAUCUGCCCGUCGCAAAGCUGAUCUCAUUCAGCUACAAGAACAAUAUCGAAAGGUUGAAGAACUUUAUUUGGCGUUCGCUAAGCGGGCAUCAACCUUCAACUCUUGGUUCGAAAAUGCUGAGGAGGACUUAACUGACCCCGUGCGUUGUAAUUCCUUGGAUGAAGUUCAUGCACUUUGUGAAGCUCAAGAGCAGUUCAAAGCAUCUCUCAAAGCUGCAGAGGCUGAUUUUCAACAAUUAGCUCAAUUAGAUCGCGAAAUCAAAAGCUAUGGCGUUGGCAUGAAUCCGUACACUUGGUUUACAAUGGAGUCACUUGUGGAAACUUGGCGUAACUUACAGAAAAUCAUUUUAGAGAGAGAUGCUGAACUUCGACGUGAAACGGUUCGACAAGAGCAGAAUGACCAGCUUCGUCAACAAUUUGCAGUAGCAGCUAAUUCUUUCCAUCAAUGGCUACAGAAAGUUCGAACAUCGAUGAUGGAAGCCAGUGGAACUCUAGAAGAACAGUUAGAAGGUAUUCGGGAAAAAUCUUCAGAAGUUAGAGCCCGCAAAAACGAUUUGCGAGAGGUUGAAAAAUUGGGUACUUUGCUGGAAGAACAUCUCAUUCUGGAUAAUCGAUACACGGAACAUAGUACUGUCGGUCUAAGUCAAGCUUGGGACCAGUUAGAUCAACUUGCGAUGCGUAUGCAACACAAUUUGGAACAACAAAUUCAGGCUAGAAAUGUUAGUGGAGUAAGCGAAGAGGCACUUCGCGAGUUCUCUAUGAUGUUCAAACAUUUCGAUAAAGAUAAAUCUGGGCGUUUGGAUCAUCGCGAAUUUAAAUCAUGUUUACGUGCACUUGGCCAUGAUUUGCACGAGGUUGGAGAAGGUCAAGUAGAUGCUGAGUUCGAAUCUAUAUUAAACGUGGUGGAUCCUAAUCGUGACGGUUACAUAACGCUUCAAGAGUUUAUGGCAUUCAUGAUAAGUAAAGAAACUGAAAAUGUCCAGUCUCGUGACGAAGUCGAAGAAGCCUUCCGUGCAUUAACUAAAGAAGGAAAAGAAUACAUCACCAAAGAAGAGCUAUAUGCGAACUUAUCCAAAGAGCAGGCGGAAUAUUGCAGUCGAGUCAUGCCUCCAUACUACACUAAAAGUGGUCAGGCAAUUUUGGAUGCCUACGACUACCAAGCCUUUACGAGACAACUUUUUGUGAGCUAGUUACAACAAGCUGAUUUUAGUUGGUUUCUGCGCUUUCGUUAUAUAAUUUUCUUGGUUUCAUUUUCGCUUACUCAUUCGCUCAGUUUCGCCUAAGUUGCGACUGUUUCUGGUUUUAAUUUCAUUACUGAUUUCAUGUUGUGGCGUACUUUUUGUAGCUUCCUGAAAUUCAAAAUCAUAUUUAAUGCACUUUCAUAUUGUUGUGAAAUGUUGGAUUUAGUUUCAAUUUUAAAGUCUUGUGAUCAAAAUUUGUUUUCUGGUUGGUUACCAGUUGCACCUACAUUUAAUUUUCAGUUUUUGCAAUAAAUUAAUAGAUCAUAAUUCCAUUUAUAUUUUUCUUUUUCCGGCUCAUUAAAGUAUAAACAGAUAUAAGGCUUCACAACAGUUUUCCUUAAGCCGUAGUUAUCUGUCAUGUUUUACUAAUCGGAAAAUGCACUUUUAGUACACCGUAUUACACAUUAUGAAUCAGACUUUCGUUUUCCACCAUUUUACCUCUGUUAUUGAACAAAUAACACACUACUUUUUCUGUGAAUGAUUGCCGUUAUAAAUUUAGUCGUAUAUGGAAUAUUAGUAUCAUACAAAGAAAUCAUCUAAUG